AUGUCCCUGUCCAAAGAAAGAUCGGUAUCCACAGAACUGACGGUAGCCGCCGCCGAGCAGAGCCGUAGACAGCCGAAAUGCACCCGGUGCCGACACCACGGGAUCAUCAUCCCCAAGAAGGGCCACAUGAAGCACUGUCCCUUUCUCCAGUGUGACUGUUGGGCGUGUUAUAUCAUCACCCAGCGGACUCGGAUCACCGCCGUCCAGCGAAAUCAGAAGAAAAAUCACCCCAAAAGUAAAGAGCAGCGACCCGGCGGACACACCGGAGUCACCGUGGUGAAAGAAGAGGUUGAGGGGACUAGUAGCGCCGCGGCCCCGGGCGGAGGCGCUCGUCCGUCGGCCACGUCUGGACGCGUGUGUCUCCCAGCGGAUGGGGCCUCAGAGCGAGCCGCCACCAACGCCAGGAGCCCCCUGGAUCUCCGGAGCGGAGCUGCCGCGGGAAGAGAGGCUGCGGCCGGUUUGGACUACGGAAAAGUGCCCUCAGCUUCCAGUGAGGAACAGACAUGUGCCCCUCACUUCAAUGAAUUUGGCCAGACUGCACCUCUGCCUUUUAUCCACUUCCCAUUGGAGGUUUUGGGUCAUUUCUCCAGCGGCUACGCUCCGUGUCCAAACUUUCUGCUCAACAUGCCAUGGUUGCCACCCGUGCCUGCUGGGCUUUACAACGAAGCCCUCCACGGACCCCUGAUGUUCUCCCACUUCCAGUCGCAUGCUGUGUAUUAUCCACCUGCUGGACUUCCUGCUGAUCGCAAACUGGUCUUCUUUACCCUCCAACCGCCUCCACUCCCAGAGCCCGUCCAGGAGGCGCUGAUGUCAAGGCAGCUCGCACAGCCUCCGCUGCCAUCACACGACGAGCCCAACGGAGAGGAGCUGGAUUAAAGCACAGAGAGCAAGAUCAGAGGCGGACUGCACUGUAAGAAUUAACCCUGUGAAACCUGUCAAAUGGGCUUGUCUUUCAAAAACAUGGAAAGAGGACGAUG